AUGUCGUCUAUCCUCUACAGCCCCGUGACAUGCGCUGUGUUGCCUGUUGUCCUCUUUUUUGUAUAUACACUCUACCGUGCUGCUCUUCCCAAGCCGAUACCGGGUAUUCCAUACCAUAAAGCGUCCGCGACUCGGAUAUUGGGAGAUGCGCCUGCAAUGGUCGAGCACAAGCGAAAGCAUGCUACUACUUUCGACUGGAUGACCGCGCAAGGGGAGAAGUUGAACUCGCCAAUCGUUCAACUAUUCUUGAAGCCCUUCUCUCAGCCAACGGUGUUCAUAACCGACCCUCGCGAGGCCCAAGAUAUGGUACUUCGACGCACCAAAGACUUUGAUCGCUCUGUAUUCUUUUAUGAUAUCUUCAGUGGAACGUUGCCGAAUCAUCACCUUGUGCAGCCAACGAACGAAAAGUUCAGGCAGGGACGUCGCCUGCUCGCUGACACGAUGGCCACUGGGUUCCUCAACAAGGCAAGAUUCGAUCACGGCAACGUUGCAGCUCCAACACUCCGCCGGCAUAUCUUGAAUCUCAUGAACCUCUGGCGUGUGAAAACCCAAGCCGCUGAGGGCCGUCCAUUUGGGCCCGCUGAAGAUAUCAAUCACAUGGCUCUCGACUCGAUCUGGGACGUUGCCUUUGGUAGUCAACUACUGUCCCUAUCAACCGAGAUCGAGUUCCUGAAAGCCAUUUCCAAAUUCGACAAGCCUACAGCCAAAGAUCAACCAAUCAUUUUCCCAAAGCCAAUUUAUAACUCUGCCGUGCUAUCCAUGAAAGUCUUAACGCAUGCUCUAGAUGUCACAGUAACCUCGCCGAUGCCCAAGCAAACUCACUGGCUACUGCAAUUGACGCCAUCGUAUCGCCAAGCCAAAGCCCACAAAGACCAGCUGAUCCGCAAACGACUCGAUGAUGCUAAGUCACGGCUGCUGAACCUCGGCGACGGCCAGAACAUAAGCGACUUUGUCCAUAUCACGUGUGCGACGGACUAUAUGGUACGGCGUGAAGCCCAAGCUGCAGCCAAAGAAAACCGCCCCCCACAGUACGACAGUCUAAGUGCACAGGAUGAGAUGUUUGGGUUUUUGAUUGGCGGACACGACACCACAGCAACUACUCUCACCUGGGCAGUCAAGUUCAUGGCAGACCACACGCACGUGCAAGUAAAAUUACGGGGCAUUCUACACCAGACUUUCGGGGCGGAGAAUAAUGUACCUACCGCGGAGCAAAUCAGUACAGCUCAUGUCCCCUACCUUGAUGCCGUGGUUGAAGAAAUGGCCCGUUGCGCGGGUACUUCACCUGCGGUUAUACGGACAGCUGUUCACGACACGACGUUGCUCGGCCACCACAUACCCAAGGGGGUCGACGUGUUCAUGAUGGCACACGGGCCUGGGUACAUGACGCCAAAUACCGUAAAUGAUUCAAUCCCCGAGCACAUGCGAUCAGAUUCGUCGAGGGAGAACAAAGACCGUGCUGUUCCACUUUGGGAUCCAAGCGACGUCAAUGCCUUCAGACCGGAGCGCUGGAUCAAGACCGAUGAUAAGGGUUCAGAUGUAUUUGACGUCCAUGCAGGUCCAGUGAUGCAGUUCGGUGGGGGUCUCAGGGGCUGCUUUGGGAAGAAGUUGGCUUAUCUGGAGAUGAAAUUCUUCGUCACGUUGUUGGUGUGGACAUACGAGCUGGAGCAAGUACCAGAGAAGCUGAGGGGCUAUGAGGCGUUCGAUAGCCUGACACAUAAACCUAAGCAGUGUUACAUGGUUUUGAAGGAGGUAGAGAAACAGCAGGCAAAGUGA